AUGACCCCACAGUUUGCCGCCAAUCCGCAACUGGCUGGAGAUGCGAACCACUCAUCGCACCGACGAUACUCGAAACAGCUUAUAAACUGGGGCACGACAGUUCGCCAGCUUCCAUCACACGUUCAAGGUGCUGUUGACGAGGUGCAUCUUGUUUUGAGAGACGAAGCAGUAGUCCUGACUAGAGGACUGUCUGUCCCUGUUAGUCGUGAAAGCCAGAACAUGGAGGUUCGAAUUUUGCUGAGCUUUGUCUACCAUUACAAGUGCACGAGAGAAGUGCCCCAGCCGUGGUCAGAGUAA